AUUCUCGAAAGCCACUCUUUCUUUUUGGAUACUUCAGCCGGAUGAAGAAUGCAAUAUUAUAACACUCGGAAUCGGAAGUGAUACAAAAGUAGAAAAUGAACUGAAACAAACCGUAUCGAGCACAUGUAAAUUUUCGGGUGCAGAUCCAACAGAAGAGGUGAACAGGGAGUUGUACGAAGUGGUCGGAAAAUAUCAUAAGCUAGCUGUCGGUGCAGCUAAUGACGUACAUAACGCUUCUAUACUGGGAUGUAAGUUUACAUUAGUAAUUAAUCAAUAUUAUGUUUCCUUGAUAGUUGUUUUACACACUUUUUUGAAAGAAUUUUUCAUGACCUGGAAUAAGCUUUCUCAGUUUGACGCAGUAUCUUACUUCUUACCCGACGGAAUUUUGGAUUCCGCUGGAAUUACGGUAUGUCAAUGGACAUGCGAAUUUCAUCCUUUUGUAAUGUCGCCAGCAAAUCUUGCUAAACUUGAAACUUUUUUGUGGAGUACGCUUCGGAAUGGCAAGUAA